AUGUCUCGUCGUCCUCCUCCUCCGCAUUCCUCCUCCUCCUUGCUGCUUGUUUUGUUGGUGUGGGCAGCCGCCGCCACUUCUAGUACUAGUAGUGGUGAAGGAUCUUUGGGUGUGGGGAAAGUAGAUCCAACCCUCAAGUUUGAGAACCCAAGGCUUCGCCAAGCCUACAUUGCCCUCCAAGCUUGGAAGGCCGCUAUCUUCUCGGACCCAUUCAACUUCACCUCCAGCUGGAAUGGCUCGGACGUGUGCUCCUACAUGGGCGUAUUCUGUGCUCCUAAGUCCACCGGUGCACAUGGCCGUGUGGUCGCCGGCAUCGACCUCAACCAUGCUGACAUUGCUGGCUAUCUGCCUCCAGAGCUAGGCCUCCUCUCAGACCUGGCGCUCUUCCACCUCAACUCCAACCGCUUCUGCGGCGUCGUCCCUAGCAGUUUGCGGCGCAUGAAGCUGCUCCAUGAGCUCGACCUCAGCAACAACCGCUUUGUGGGAGACUUCCCCAAAGUAGUGUUCUCCUUGCCUUCCCUCAAGUACUUGGAUCUCCGCUUCAACGAGUUCGAAGGCUCCGUUCCCUCCCAGCUAUUCGACAAGGAUCUGGAUGCCCUUUUCCUCAACGACAACAGGUUCCAAUUUGGCAUCCCUCCCAAUCUCGGCAACUCUCCCGUUUCGGUUCUGGUGUUGGCCAACAACAAUCUCGGGGGUUGCAUUCCUGGUAGCAUUGGUAACAUGGCCAAGACGCUCAACGAGAUCAUCCUCUUGAAUGACAAUCUCACCGGCUGCUUGCCUUCCCAGAUCGGCCUCCUCACCAAUCUCACGGUGUUUGAUGUCAGCUUCAACCGACUUCAAGGACCCCUUCCCCCCACCAUCGGCAAAAACAUGAAGAGCUUGGAGCAGCUGGACGUGGCCCGCAACAGACUCACGGGUGUCAUCCCAGCCAGUAUUUGCCAGCUACCUCGUCUGCACAACUUCACCUAUUCCUUCAACUAUUUCACCGGAGAGGCUCCUGCUUGUGCUGCUAACAAAAAUAAUAUCAAUGGUCGGAAGAACUGCAUUCGUGGUAAGUUGGAUCAGAGAUCUGCAAGGGAAUGUGCUUCGCCAGCUGCACGUCCCGUGGACUGCCGCAAGCUCCAAUGCAGCAGCACUACUAGUCCUGGAGGCGUGGGGGGCAGCGGCGGGGGUUCUAAGAGAAGGCCUCCUCGGGUUUCAACACCCCCACCCCGACUUCAGAUGCCUAAUAGAGCACCUCCUCCUUCCAAUUCUAAUUCCCAUUCCCAUUCCCCUACAAAGCUUCCGCCACCUACUCAAAGAGUUUCACCCAGGACGCAUCUUCCACCUUCUCCCCCUCCAUCUAGUAGUCAUCAUCAUUGGACUUCGACACCACCACCCCCAUCUACCCAAAAUGUGUCACCAACUACUCAUCUAAGACCACCUCCGCCGCCGCUGCCCACGCACUACAACUCCUCUUCUUCCCCACCACCACCGGUACUUUACCAUGCUUCCCCACCUGAUCACUCUAAACAUGAUCUCGUGCCGCCAUCACCUCCAAAUCAUUACUCGUAUGCUUCACCAACACCACCACCGCAACACUCGGCCCCGCCACCUCCACAGCACUCAGCCCAUGUCCCACCUGCUCCGAGCUAUCAUACUUACACAAGUCCACCACCUCCACCUCCACCAACACGUGAGCAGUAUACAAAAGCACCACCUCCUUCCCCCGCACAUGAGCAUUAUCCAUCAAAAGCUCCACCACCACCCGCAAGUACAGGUGGAAGUCCCCCACAUGAUACGCCAUCAGCCCCUUCACCAAGUGAGCCAUCUCAUCCCUUACCUCCACUGCCGCCCACCGGUUGUGUGAUGCCUGCAUCAUCACCACCACCACCAAGCCAUCAUACCUUGCCAUCACCCACAUUUCAAUUUGUACCCCCACCUUCAUCAAGGCAUCACCACUCAACUCCCGAACAACAGCAUUGGCAUCAACCACCACCAUCAUCGCAUCAACAGUUUCCUCCCUCACCCCCAGUCGAUAGCACACCGCUUCCACCAGUUAUAGGAGUGUCAUAUGCGUCUCCUCCUCCCCCUGUAGUUCCCUACUACUAA